AUGAAGCCUUUUCAACCCAAGAUUGGCCUAGUUGGCGCUGGCCCUGCCUCUCUUACCCUCGCCAACAUCCUUCAGAAGCACUCUAUCCCCUUCAUCAUCUUCGAGUCCGCGUCAGAACUCCGCACGCAAGGCGGCUCCCUGGACCUCCACCCAGAAUCCGGUCAGCUCGCCAUCAAAGAAGCAGGGCUUUGGGAACCGUUCGCCAAACAUGCACGUCCAGAGAGCGACUGCAUGAAGGUUGUGACUUUGGACGGAGAGGUACUUUGGGAUGAGAACGGCGCUGACAAGCAAGACAUCAAAGAGGAUGAGAAGUUUGAGGGAAGGCCUGAGAUCGAUCGAAUGGCGUUGGCGACGCUGAUGUUCGAGAACCUGAAGGAGGGGUCCGUACAAUUCGAAAAGAAGCUGAAAGAAGUUGUGCCCUCUGAUGAAGGAGAGGGGAAAUACGAUCUGCACUUCUCAGACGACACGAAAGAGUCCGGAUUCGAUCUCGUGGUCGGGGGAGAUGGCGCGUGGUCCAAGGUUCGCAAACUUCUCACCGACCAAAUGCCACAGUACUCAGGUAUAGCUUCUAUCGCAGUGUCGUGCAAAGACAUCAAGGCUGAUCCCUGGCUGCUUGACUAUGUCGGCUCGGGCUCGAUGUUCGCUUUUGGGGAGGGUUGCGCGGUGCAGUCACAACGGCAAGGUGACGGUAGCCUAGGGACGUACGCCAGCGUGCAUGCACCAGAGGAUUUCCUGCAGACGUGUGGCAUCGAUUGGGACAACAAAGCGACGGCGCGCAACACUUUUGUCGACCGCUACCUCUCUCAUAUACACGAUGACCUCAAGCGUGUCAUCAUGUCCUCUGAUGAAAACAGUCUCAUUCCUCGCAAGCUGUACGAGCUGCCGGUUGGAUUUCGCUGGCCCUCUCGCUCAGGCGUUACCCUUAUCGGCGACGCUGCGCAUGUCUUCACACCGUUUGCUGGACUAGGAGUCAACACGGGCAUGAAAGACGCGUUGGUAUUGGGGAAGGAGAUUGUCAAAGUGUGCCGUGGAGAGAAAUCUCUGGAUGCUGCUGUGAAAGACUACGAGGAGGAAAUGUUUCCACGGUCCACAAAGGCGGCAUUCAAAACGGUAAAGGGGAAAGAGGGGCAUUUCAGUCGGGAUGGAGCUAAGCAUUUUGCCGAUAUGAUCAGAUCGAAGUACUACAGGCAGGAUGAGGUCGUUGCGAAGUAG